GAGCUGUAGCAGCUGCAACUGCAGCAGCUCCUGUAGCAGCUCCUGUAGUAGCUCCUGCAGCAGCUCCUGUAGCAGCUCCUAUAGCAGCUCCUGUAGCAGCUCCUAUAGCAGCUCCUGUAGCAGCUCCUGUAGCAGCAACUGCAGCAGCAACUACAGCAGCAACUACAGCAGCUCCUGUAGCAGCUCCUGUAGCAGCAACUGCAGCAGCAACUACAGCAGCAACUACAGCAGCUCCUGUAGCAGCUCCUGUAGCAGCAACUGCAGCAGCAACUACAGCAGCAACUGCAGCAGCAACUUCAGCAGCAACUACAGCAGCUCCUGUAGCAGCUCCUGUAGCAGCUCCUGUAGCAGCAACUUCAGCCCUUCCUCAUCAACUGCCGAACAAAAAUCUUGAAGCUCUGACUGAAGCAAAAUGA